UGCUAGUAAGAAUGUUUUCUUCCUGAGAAACAGGACCGUCCGUCAACACUUGUAAUAGGCGCUAGUUUUAUAUUUAUCCAAAGUCGCCUAAUACUGUUCCGUAUUUAUCGGUUUUGCUACACCAUCAAAGUGGACAAUGGAGGGUGAUUCAGUGUUCUACACCGAUCGAAGUGGAAGAGUCACCAGUAACCCCUUGCUCGACCAGCUCCCCAGCUACCAGUCCUUGCUGUACCGCAGGAAGUCGCAGACUGGCGGCACCAAGCGCAGGAACAGCUCUCGAGCCCAGAUUGGCUCUUCCAGCAGUGGCAAAUGGGCUGUGGGUACUCUAAGUAGACAUGAAGAGAAACACAAGAGCCAGAUGGUGCACAGACCAAUCAGAGAGCUUGCCAAGACCAUGGCUGAGAAACGCAGAGACAAAGAACUACGCCUGCAAGAGGAUGGAGAGCUCAAUAGCUGGAGGCAGUGGAGGCAAAGCACCUUCAGGUAUCUCCGCAGGCUGCAAGAUAACGUCCAUGAUUGGAUGACCUCCCUGCAGCUCUGGAGGAGUGACAUCCACCUGAUAGAAGGGAUGUUUGGCACGGGGAUCCUGUCCUACUUUUCUUUCCUGCGCUUCCUUGUCAUGCUCAACCUGAUCAUCUUUACCCUCAUGUUCAGCUUCGUCUUGUUGCCCAUCAUCAUUUCCCCUCACGCUUCAGGAAACAUCACCUACAACCUGGAUGAUGGUGGUGUUUGCAGUGUUUAUCCAAGCAGUGCUCGCCGAGGACUUGUCAUCUUUCACGAACACAUCACUGAUCUGUUGUCUGGGGGAGGCUUUCUUGAGCAAACCUAUCUCUUUUAUGGAUAUUACAAGGCGGACAAAAUCCACUUCCCCAAGGUCACCUAUAAUUUGCCUCUAGCCUACCUGCUGGUCACCAUAGCAUACCUCUUUCUCAGUCUCAUCUGGAUUGUCAAGAGGUCUGCUACCGGUUUCAAACGUAGCCUGAUUCAGGAUGAGGAUCGCUUCCAGAGUUUUUGCAACAAGAUCUUUGCCGGUUGGGACUUUUGUAUCACCAAUGGGAAUGCUGCUCGGCUGAAGAGAAGCAGUCUGCUUUAUGAACUUAAGACUGAUUUGGAGGAAGAGAGGAUCAAACAGAAAAUAGCAGAUCGCACCCGCAAAGAGAAAUGUCGCAUUUACCUCCUACGCUUCAUCCUCAACCUGUUUGUCAUUGCUGUACUGGCUGGUUGCUUCUACAGCAUUUUCCUUGCCACCAUCUUCUCCCAGCAAGCACAGAUGAAUGAGGUCAAGGAGAAUUUCAUCGUGGAUCUCAUCUAUGAGUAUCUGCCAUCAAUUGUUAUCACCUUGGCUAAUUUCAUCACGCCCCUCCUUUUCUCAGUCAUCAUCAACUACGAGGACUACUCGCCUGCCUUCGAGAUCCGCUUCACUCUCAUCAGGUGUGUAUUCAUGCGACUGACCAGCAUUGGCGUCUUGCUCUUCUCACUGUGGUCUCAGAUAACGAAAUGCAAAGAGGAGCCUUGUGUCUGCGGCUAUAACCAUUUGCUCUACUCUUGUUGGGAGACGCGUGUCGGCCAGGAAAUGUACAAACUUACGAUCUUUGACUUCAUCAUCAUCGUGGCAGUCACCGCCUUUGUGGAGUUUCCCAGAAAGCUGAUAGUGAAGUACUGCGACUGUGGUCUUGCCAAGUGGUGGGGUCAGCAGGAGUUCGGUAUCCCUCAGAAUGUUCUUGAGAUUGUCUAUGGCCAGACUAUCUGUUGGAUCGGUACAUUCUACUCCCCUAUGCUGCCUGCUAUCUGCACCAUUAAGUACUUCUUUAUCUUUUACAUCAAGAAGGUGUCACUGAUAAAAAAUUGCCGCCCGGCUACACGCCCAUUCAGAGCCUCCAGUUCCAACUUUUUCUUCCUGGGUGUUCUCCUGAUCGGCCUGAGUUUGGCUUGUGUGCCGGUCAUUGUUAGUGUAGCACAGAUAAACUGUUCCCAGGCAUGUGGACCAUUUGUCAACUACACCACCUCUUGGGAGGUGCUGCCGAAUGCCGUUUCCCAGCUACCCAGUGGACUCCAAACUCUCCUCUUCAUCCUUUCAUCUGAGGCCUUUGCUGUGACCUUUUUUGUUUGUACAUGUUUGGCAAUGUUUUAUGUGAUUGCUCUAGCUGGAGCUCACAAGAGGGUCAUUAAGCAACUAAGGGACCAACUUGCCAUGGAGGGUCGAGACAAGCAUUUCCUGAUCCAGAAGCUUUGCCAGGCCCAGAAGGUGUCAGCGAUCACAUUUCCCGGGUCAAAAAGUCAGCGCCGCUCCAGCAGAAGCAGCCCCAGUUACCACACCAGCUUCUCGAACAAUUUUCCAGAAGGUUUGUUCUUGGCACAUCCACCUCCAGACACUUCUACUCAUGUGUGAAGCAGGAUUUAAGAGUUGAAGACGAACAAAGUACUAUACUACACUGGACUGAAAUGCACUACGGUCAGAUGGAACCAAACUGUAUUUGUGUUACAUAUUUUCUCUUUUUUUUACUGUUUCUUACCUUUGUAGUGUUUCAGUGACAAUCAAAUGUUGUAAAACAAUUGAAGCUAAUGUUUAUGUAUUUUCUGUCCCAAAUAACCAGUGAUUGUAUAAAAAAAAAACACUACCAUUGUAUGUUCCUUCUAAGAAGGACUUUACUGUAAACACUACUGUAUAUUGUACAUGAAUACUUACAAUGUUGUGCACUUGACAUGCAUUAAGACUCACUAUUUGGUUUACAGAAUUUGUUCUUGUAUUUUAAUAAAAUAAAGUACACUAUUUUUUUUUUUACCACAUUUGGAUAACAUUAAUAGGACUGGUUUUGCAAAUAACUGACUACGCAAUUGAAAACAGACAGACUACAACACAGCUUACACUAACUUAUCUAAUGUGGUAAAUGUUUUCUUUUAUUUAUUAUUUUGUGUGGUAAUUUUUCUCGAUGUUCUUAUUUUGUUUCAUAUUUUUGGUGCUGUGCAUGUGUAAAGGGAAAAUAAACCUCUAAAGAAAA